UGUAAAAAUAUAGAAUACACAAAUAAUUUUGAUAUAUAAUGUUCAUCUCGCGCAAGACGCGGGUGUAGAUAUCAUAAAAUCGUAUGUGUAUUAGAGCUAUGUAUGAGCUACCCUAACCUACAAGACGCCACAACACAUAUAUAAGUAAAUGCAUAUAUGUAAACGGUAAACCAAUUCAUGGUCAUUUAAUUUGAUAGUUAAAAAGUUUAACAUGUAUGUGCCAAUUGUUGAGACCAAAUUUAUAAAGUCUUAAGUCUUUAUUUCCAGAGUCUGGAUUUCCAUAUUUCUUUUCUUUUAAUCUUUCAUUUUUUCUCUAUCCUUGUUUUGGAAGCUAAGUUAGUGAAUUACACUUCAUUAACCACCAGAAGUCUGAUCUUGAGUAUCCAAAUGAAACUAAUAUCAAAUUUAAAAAUGUAGAUAAUGCGUGAAUAACCACAUGAAGAUUUACUGGUGAGUGUUUAUUACUACAUUUAAUAAAGUGAUUUAAAUUUCAUAAACCAAAAGAAUGAAAGGAGUAUAUCAAUAUAUUUUAAUAGACCGUAAAAUGUAUAUACUAUAUUAGUAAUUGAAUAUAAUAUGAGUCGCAACCUUUUAGUUCCUUGUAUAUAAACAACACUCCAAAUGACAGGCAAAAGACAGAAACCAAAACAAGUAAUGUAAUAAACUCGUCAAACAUAGCUCUGCUUUUUCUUUUCCUUCGAUCAGAUUCAGAUCCAGACAAUGAAUCAAGAUCUUCAAGAACCAAUGGCGGAGAUCAUGCCACAUAUCAUAACAGCAAUGUCGUAUCUAUUGCAAAGGGUAUCGGAGACCAACGACCAUCUGAGCCAGAAACAGAGCAUCUCAGGCUUCCAUGGAAUAACUAAACCUUCCAUCUCAAUCCGAAGCUACCUCGAGAGGAUCUUCAAGUACGCAAACUGCAGCCAUUCGUGUUACAUCGUCGCAUAUAUAUACUUGGAUCGGUUCAUCAAGAAGCAGCCCUUUUUGCUCAUCAAUUCCUUUAGUAUUCAUAGGUUUAUAAUCACAAGUGUCUUGCUCUCUGCGAAAUUCAUGGAUGACUUGUGUUACAACAACGGAUAUUACGCUCAAGUUGGAGGAAUAAGCAAAGAGGAGAUGAACAUGCUUGAGCUUGAUUUCUUGUUCGGAAUCGGGUUUCAGUUAAACGUUACCGUUUCUACUUUCAAUAACUAUUGCUCUUUUCUACAUAGAGAGAUGGUGAGGUUGACAAAUAUGAAUUCACUGUCUGUAGAACCUUCUCUUUCAUUCAGAAGUUCUUUUGAGACCAAGCCUGUGAUGAAUACACUCGAGGAAGACUCUUUAAUCACUCAUCACAACAAGAAACAACUAGCUGCUGCUUGAUUAUAAUUAAUGUAUAGAUUAUAUAUAUGCAUGUAGCAAACAUUGUCAUUCAUGUCUUUAAAGACACUUACUUGAUACAUCUUAUGGUGGUUUAUAUUUAUAUAUAUAUAUAUAUAUAUAUGCAUGUAGCAAACAUUGUCAUUCAUGUCUUUAAAGACACUUACUUGAUACAUCUUAUGGUGGUUUAUAUUUAUAUAUAUAUAUAUAUAUAUAUAUAUUUAUUGUGCAGUUAUAACGGAACUUUCCACAAAAUAGCCUAAAUAUAUAGGGAUCCCUAAAUAUAUAUCAUUUUCUUUUGAAAUUUAAAAUGUUUUACGAUUGUAGCAGACUGUAUGUUUCCUUACAUUUAGAGACACAUGCAAAUACAUCAUAAGAUACGUUGAGCACAAAAUCUAUAUAUAAAGCGUACAAGAUAGGAAGUUACAAUGUCAAAAAAAUAAAGAUAGGAAGUUACAUUUUAAAAGGGUACCAAACCUAAUAAGUAAUAACCUUAAUAUUACAAGAGAACACUUAUAUCACUCCCAAAUCCAACCUUUUAAGUUGCGAGAAAUUACAAGUUCAUCAUCAUGGAUGAGACUUACUACCGUGGCUCAAUGUGGCAACUGCACCGUUGUAACCACCACCACCACCUCCACCGGACCGACCAUUUCCGCUACCGUAACCAUACCCACCACCACGGGCUCCGCCACCUCCAGAGCCAUAUCCGUAUCCGCUUCCUGAUCCGGAUCCAGAUCCAUACCCAUAUCCGGAUCCUCUUCCCCAUCCCGUCGACGAUCUACCGGAACCUGACCCGUAACCCCAUCCAGAUCUUGGAGCAGAGCCCCAACCCCAGUUGUACCCCCAAUUGGGCCCACGCCCCGACCCACUUUCACCUUGGUAGUUUUGGCCUGGAUGCAUGUCACCUUUGGACCAUGCGAAUGGACGAGAAACUGAAGUCUUCACAGUGAUAAAAAAGAA